CCCUGCCUGGGAAUAACCAGAAGUGACGUAUGCACUCCGCGACGAACAAGAACAAGCUUUGACGUAAACAGAUUAAGUGCUGAUAUUUGGGAUUGGUACCAUGUUCCACGGAAUACCUGCUUCAGGAGGGAUUGGAGGGGCACCGGCCAAUAAACCAGAAUUAUACGAGGAAGUCAAGCUGUAUAAAAAUGCAAGAGAAAGGGAAAAGUAUGACAAUAUGGCAGAGCUGUUUGCUGUGGUAAAGACACUCCAAGCUUUAGAAAAAGCUUACAUUAAGGACUGUGUUACUCCUAAUGAAUACACAGGUGCCUGCUCACGAUUGCUUGUCCAGUACAAGGCUGCUUUCAAACAGGUCCAGGCAUCAGAUGUUGGCUCCAUUGAUGACUUUUGUAGGAAAUACAGGCUUGACUGCCCACUGGCAAUGGAGAGAAUUAAAGAAGACCGCCCAAUUACCAUAAAGGAUGACAAGGGCAACCUGAAUCGCUGCAUUGCAGAUAUUGUAUCUCUCUUCAUCACAGUGAUGGACAAGCUGAGGCUGGAGAUUCGAGCAAUGGAUGAGAUCCAGCCAGAUCUUAGGGAGCUAAUGGAAACCAUGAACAGGAUGAGCAACAUGCCACCAGAUUCGGAGGCUAAGGACAAAGUCAGCCUUUGGUUGACCACCUUGAGCAGCAUGUCAGCGUCUGAUGAGUUAGAUGACUCUCAGGUUCGCCAGAUGCUGUUUGACCUGGAGUCUGCCUACAAUGCCUUCAACCGGUUCUUGCACUCCUCCUAAACAACAUGCUCCCCCCUCCUCCCAAGAACUGUUCACACUCCACUCUCUCCAACAUCCCCUCAGUCAUCUACAUCCUAAUCCCUUCACUCUGUCCUGGAAGCCUAUCCAUUGAUGCAGAACUCUUUGGAUAGAAAGACUCCUCAAAAUCCAGUGGAAUAUUUCUGAUUAUUGACAUUGCUGUCCACUAUUUUGUUAUUUUCAGAAAUAGACAUAGCUUUAACUAACUAUGAUAUUGAUUUUUUUUUUUUCCAUUAGCAUUGUGUUUUUAAUAUAGUUACUACACCCAUUAGAUAUAAAUCAUUGAGCAUUGGCAUAAGGAGAAAAGAAAACUGCUUCAGAUGGAUUUUAGGAUUUUCAGAUGUGGUAUUGACUCAGAUUUAGAAUUACACUUGAAAUGAAAGUACAUCUCUUUUCAAUCACUGUUUUUCUAUAGCUGAAAUAUUUUUAAGCCUUGUUUAUAGAACAACAUAAAUCUGAAUACCUGGACCUGAAACAGGCAUUGUAGUACUUUGACAUGGGGAAUAGAUGGAUGUUUUGCCAUUGUACUGGGUUGUUGGCAGAACUACAGAAAUGCACUCAAAACAUUCUUGCAUUAAUUUCAGAUGGUAUUGAGCUUUUUUCUCUUCACUGGAAUGAUGAGAGGGUAUAAACAGCAUAAAGAAAAAAUACAUUUUAAUUAUUUCUUUUUUGUCUUGGCAUAAUUUAGUUUUUCCUAGCAUAUGAAAGUCAUUUCAUUGAUCAUUUACACUUUUCUUUCUCUGUUCUUUGGUUAUGGGGGAAAAAAAUCUUUAUUGUAUAGUUAUAUUUAUUAAAGGACCACUGCUGAAAAAAGUUUUGAAAAAUGGGCAUGUAAAUCUUUUAGAAAUGAUCAUUAAAAAACAUGAUACAAGUGAA